UUUUUUAUUUUAUCAGUAGGUAGAAAAAAAAGUUGACAUAGCGAAAUAUUUUUGUAUGUUUUUUAUAAACAUUAAUUGAUUGCUAAAAAUAUCUAUCAAAGGAUUAAAACAUGGCAGGAGAUUAUGGUACAAAAGAGAAUGGCAGAUCCUCACGAUCCACUUCUCAUAGAAUGAGCCUGUUUCUUGGUGGUGGAACACCAAAGCCAGCAGUACCACGGUAUAUGCCAACAUACAGACUUGAAGCUCAUAACCCUUUGAAUCGGGAACAGUGUGAGAAUAUUAUGAAAGCUGUUAUGGACAAAGCCUUUGAGGAUUUCAUUUAUAGUUCAAAGCAAGCCCAGGAUUUGUGUCAGCACAUAAGUGAGGAAAUCAAAACUCGUGUGAAAGAAAAAAACUACGAUAGAUAUCGUCUUAUUUGUGUUGUUACUAUUGGCGAAAAGUGCAUGCAAGGUUUUAAAUCGGUUGUGACAUUUUUAUGGGAUGCCGAAAAAGAUGGAUACAUUAAGUAUGCGUAUGAUACACCAGACUUUUUUGCCAAUGCAACUCUUUAUUAUUUAUAUUAUGACUAAAUCUGUUUUCAAUUGAAUUGUUAUUAAAUAUCUUUGCAUAAGUUGUUAAGAUAAUAUAUGCUGAUG